CCGUUUGAUAAUGCUACACAAUAAUCUAAAUGAGGUUUUUGAGAAUGUCCUGCUGGGUGUUUAUGGUCGCUCUUCUCCUGAGUUUGUUUAGUGCAACUCAGGCCACUGCAUCCAACUGUGAGGAGCUCACCAAACCUCUCAUCCUGAAACAUGACAACAAAAGUAUCAUGGGUAAAUGGAUCUUUCUUGAAGGGAUAGCAGAUCAUCUUUUGUUCACAAAUAUCCUGAAGACUGUCAACAGCUCGUGGAUCGAGUUCAGACCCAGUGCGUUUGAAAAUACUGUCAUCCUCAGUCAAGGGAACAUGCUAAACGGCAAAUGUGAAUUUAAGACCAUUAACUCAACUGUUAAAGAUGGCAGCAUUUAUGCCACUCACAACGAGACAUCAACAGAGGGCAAAUUCUUACCAUCUUGUUCGGAUUGCAUCACCAUGAGCUUUAUAAGCAGUUUCAAAAAUGAGACUAUUAAGUCGCUCUACUUCUUUAAAAAGGACAACAAACCAAAUGAGUUUGAUCUGGCCAUGUACUGGAAACAAGCUGAGUGUCUUGGAUUCAGAAGAGAAUCUCAGUACUCGUAUGAUGGUGUAACAGAAUUCUGUUCACCUGACCUGAAGAAUAUGGAAACAGCUCACCAAUAAUAAAUGAUAUAAUCUUUCAAAAAUGACAAAAGUAUCAAUUAAAAAAAAAUGUUUUCUGAAAAUGUUAUUUUAUUAAAAGUAACGUAGUUAUAAGAA